GCCCUCCUGCUCCGCCCUCAUACCCCCUCUUCCUCCCCAAGGGGCCGCCCCAGGGGCCCUGGGAGAAACCCCUAGUUGAGGCCCCAGGGGAGAGCAGAGAAGGCAGGUGCAGGGUGGGGCUACCAGAUGGGGGGCCCCUGUGCCCCCUACCCGCCUCCUACCACCACCAUCAGGAGCUCAAGCCGUAUUCAGACCUCCUGGCAGCCACCCCGCUGCUCGCCAGCAGCCCCGGGGCUCGGUGGGGAGGGGCAGCAUGGGCGGGCGGCUCUCGGGACCCCUGGAUAAGCGGCAGAAGCAGCAGCUGAGGGCUCGGGUGGACACCCUGCUGGGGGACUUCCUUCCCUGCUACCGAGGGCAGCUGGCCGCCUCUGUCCUGAGGCAGAUCUCCCACGAGCUGGACCCCCAGGAGCCCGUGGGGUGCCAGCUGCUACACAGCAAGAAGCUGCCCCGUGUGCGGGAGCACCAAGGACCCCUGACAUUGCUGCGGGGUCACCCAACGCGGUGGCAGCCCGUCUUCUGUGUCCUGCGCGGGGACGGCCUCCUGCAGUGGUUCAGCAACAAGGAGGACCAUGAAAGCGGGGGGCGACCCCUGGGCUCAGCCACCCUGACGGGGUUCACGCUCCUAACUUCACAGUGCGACUACCUCCGUCUUCUGGACGCUGUCUGCCCGCACACCUCGGGAGGCCCCACGCCGGAGGAGCCGGAGGCCCUGCUGGACACAGCUGUGAGCUGGCCCCUGUUCCUGCAGCACCCCUUCCGCAGGCAUCUGUGCUUGGCAGCGGGCACCCGGGAGGCACAGCGGGCCUGGCGGCUGGCCCUGCAGGGUGGCAUCCGCCUGCGGGCCACAGUGCUGCAGCGAAGCCAGGCUCCCGCCGCCCGCGCAUUCCUGGACGCCGUCCGCCUCUACCGGCAGCAUCGCGGCCACUUUGGUGAUGACGACGUGACCCUGGGCUCGGACGCCGAGGUGCUGACGGCACUGCUGCUGCAGGAGCUGCUGCCGGAGCUGCGAGCGCACAGCCUGCCCGGCCUGCGAGGGGCCGGCCGAGCGCGCGCCUGGGCCUGGACCGAGCUGCUGGACGCCGUGCACGGCGCCGUGCUGGCCGCGGCCUCGGCCGGGCUGCGCGCCUUCCAGCCGGAGAAGGACGAGCUGCUCGCCGCCCUGGACCGGACGCUCCGCCCCGACCUGGACCACCUGCUGCGGCUGCGCGAGGCGGCGGCGGCGCGCCUGCGCGCCCAUCUCCAGGCCCGGCUGGAGUCGUGCCUGCGCCGGGAGGUGGACCCGCAGCUGCCUCGGGUGGUGCACUCACUGCAGAGCGGCGUGGAGGCCACGCUGGGGGCUGUGCGGGGCCUGCUGGCCCAGGCCAUGGAGCGCCUCUCUCGGCGGCUGCGCCGGACCCCAUCCGGAGAGCGGCUCCGCCGGGAGGUCUACACCUUCGGGGAGAUCCCUUGGGACCCCGAGACGAUGCAGGUGUGCUAUCGCGAGGCAGAGCGCAGCCAGAGGCGCCUGGAGCAGCUGCUGUCCCCGUUCGGCUUCCUGGGCAUGCGGGGCCUGGUGUUUGGGGCCCAGGACCUGGCACAGCAGCUCAUGGCCAACGCUGUGGCCACCUUCCUGCAGCUGGCUGACCAGUGUCUGACCUCGGCCUUGGACCGCGCCCAGGCUGCUGGGCAGCUGGAGAAAGUGCGGGGCCGUGUGCUGAAGAAGUUCGAGUCGGACAGCAGGGCAGCUCAGCGGAAGUUCACCCGCGGCUGCCUGUCCCGUAUCUUCCUCCCCUUCCUGCUGAGCCGGCUACUGCCAGGCAGCAAGGUGGAGCUGCCUGAGGCUGAGGGGGAUGUGCUGGCUGCUGCGGGCAGCAACCAGGCCCUGACCAUCGAGGGCAUCUGUGUGGACGUGAUCCGGGCUGCCUUGAUGGAACAGAUUGACCUGGAACUGGCAGCAGCCCAGGGUGCUGGCUGCUUGGACACCCCGUGGAACCCAGAGGGGGUGAGCAGCUGAUGUCAUGGGGAGCGGACCGCGUGCGCGCGUAGGGUGGUGCACCUGCUGGCGCCAACGCAGCCAGGCCUGGAAAGACUGUUUUUUCUUAAAUAAAGCCGCAUCUGUGUUGAAGCUGGACAGACUUUGCUGUCCUUC